AUGAGGGGUCUCUGGGCCCUUGUGCUCAUGGGGCUCAUCAGCACCUGCGAGGGGAAGGAGCUGCCACCAGCAGAAGGGAAGCUGUGCCCACAGCUCUGGGAUGAGGAUCUGGUUGGGGACAAGUAUGAGAAUAUAACGGGUUUUAACCUGAUUAAAAGGUUUGACCUGCUGAAGAUCUCAUCCAUCAAGAAGGUUCGCAACCCCCGGGGACCAGAAGUGCUGCGACUGGGCACUGUGCCCCUGGUCCAGCCCACCCAGCAGGUGUUUCCCCGUGGGCUGCCCCCCACCUUCACCCUCAUCCUCACCUUGCUGCUGAAGAAGAACAGCACUGGGGAGCACUGGUACCUCUUCCAGAUCACCGACCAGCAGGGAUACCCCCAGCUCUCCCUGUCUGUGCACGGCCCUGAGAAGAGCCUGGAGUUUCAGGCCAGGGCUCUGGGGACCACGUUUGCCAGCGCUGUCUUCACGGGGAAGGCUGUGGCAUCUCUCUUCGAUGGGAGGUGGCACAAGGUGGUGGUGGCUGUGCAGAGCCACUCUGUGUCCAUCCACCUUGACUGUGCCUCCAUCUCCUCCAAACCGCUGGCACCGCGGCGGGCACUGAUCCUGGAGGGAAACACCUUCCUGGGGCUGGAUGCUGUGCGUGGCACCCCGAUCAGGUUUGACAUCCAACAAGCUCAGAUCUACUGUGAUGCCGAGCUGGCCAGGCAGGAGGGAUGCUGUGAGAUCUCAGCCAGUGGGUGUCAGACAGAAGUGCCCAAGACCCGUCGGCAGGCGGAGCUGAUGCAGAGCAGUAACCUCAUCGAGAUCUCACCGCAGGCUGAGGGUCGUGUGUACACUCGCUGCUUCUGCCUGGAGGAGCCACUGGGCACUGAGCCAGUGAGAACCUCGGGAAGGAGCAGCCUGAAGGAAGAUCACAAGGUCACACUUGGUCCCUCAGGUCCAAAGGGCACCAAGGGUGAGCGUGGCCUCCCUGGCACUGCUGGCAUCAAGGGGGAGAAAGGCGACCGUGGCAUUGACUGUGUGCGUACCCACCCUGGUGGCCCCGUGCAGUGUGCUGAGGGGCCAAGGGGUGAGAAGGGGCAGCGUGGAGAGGUGGGAUUUCCAGGAGCAGCUGGCACUGAUGGGCAGAAGGGCCAGAAGGGUGAGAAGGGUGAUGGAGGACUUCAGGGCAAGCCGGGGCGCCCUGGGCGUGAUGGCCGACCUGGAGAGAUCUGUGUGGUGGGCCCCAAGGGCCAGAAGGGUGACCCUGGCCUCGUGGGACCUGAGGGGCUGGCUGGGGAGCCUGGACCCCCAGGAAAACCAGGAUCUCCAGGGAUUGGAUUUCCAGGGAAGCCGGGUCCCCCUGGCAUCCUGGGGCCAAAGGGAGACAAGGGUGAGCCAUGUGAGGUGUGUCCCACUGUCUCUGAGGGGAUGCUUGGAGCUGUUGGAUUGCCUGGCAAACCAGGAGAAUCUGGCAUCCAGGGGAUGAAAGGGGAGAAGGGGGACUCGUGCCUCUCGUGUGAUGUCCGUGUCCUUGCUGCACUGCGUCGAGAUCCCACCGAGGGUGAGCCAGGGCUGCCGGGGGAUGGUGGCCAGCUGGGACCCACAGGCAGACCGGGACUCCCAGGAGAAAAAGGAGAUCCAGGUGUGAGAGGGCUCAAAGGAGAGAAGGCCCUCGAAGGGGCAGCGACAGUGGUGGCUGUGCCAGGACCACCAGGAGAGAGGGGCCAGGAUGGUACCCCGGGAUCCAUUCUUCCAUUUCCCCAGGGCAGACCUGGUGUCGCUGGACAGAAGGGACAGAAGGGGGAUGCUGGCAGCCCUGGGGAUCCGGGAACACCGGGCACGGCUGGUGUCCCAGGGCUGUCAGGUGAGCCUGGCAUCAGGGGUCCUGCUGGCCCCAAGGGCGAGAAGGGAGACGCCUGUGAGCCCAUUCCCACUCCACUCGGAGACCUCUCGGACGUGGUUGGCAUCCCUGGAAAACCUGGGGCCAAAGGGGACCAGGGCCCCCCGGGCAUCGGGCAGCCAGGCAGACCUGGCAAGCCAGGACUGCCAGGGGUGCAGGGACCGCGGGGGAUCGGCCAGCCAGGACCACAGGGAGACCCUGGAAGCACUGGAUCCCCUGGGAUACGUGGCCCUCCCGGACCCCAGGGCCCCCCAGGGAUGGCAGCAGAGAAAGGUGCUAAGGGAUCUCCGGGGCCCAAAGGUGCCGUGGGACCCCCUGGACCACCGGGGACCAGUGUCACGGGACCACCAGGGGAGAAAGGUGCCCGUGGAGAGAAGGGAGACCCUGGGGAUUGUGCCUGCCCCACCAGCCCCCGCCAGGACCCCACCUAUGCUGGGAUGCCAGGAGCCCCAGGGCUAUGGAAUGGGAUGUCCUGGCAGCCACAGCCUGGCCCACAGGGUCCCCCUGGAGCCCCUGGCCCUCCUGGCCCUCCCGGUGCUCCUUGGGUUUAGGGAAUGCCAGGACACAACGGUUUGCCAGGACUGCCUGGGCCAGCUGGAGACUUGGGUCCACUUGCUGUCAUGGCUGAGAGGAACAUCGAGGUGCUGAAGGCUCUCUGUGGGGACUGUGCCCAGCUCCAGGCAGCCUUGGAAGCACCCAGGGGUGUCGAUGGAGAGAAGGGGGAUGGAGGCAUGCCAGGUGCCCCUGGCAAUGAGAACUGUGCCCGUUGCUUUGCCCAGUUCCCACGAGCGGAGGAGGCUCGGGGACUGCCGGGUGCCCCUGGCAUCCCUGGAGAGAGAGGAGAGCAGGGCUUACCAGGAGUGCGUGGACCCCCAGGGCCACCCGGGCCCAUUGGCCCUCCAGGUUUUCCUGGAACGCCUGGCUCACCCGGACUGCCCGGUCUCCAAGGGGAACGUGGCCCUGCUGGGCUCGCUGGAGCCAAAGGGGAGCCGGGCCCUCCAGGUCAGCCUGGUUACCCCGGAGCAACAGGUCCCCCCGGCCUUCCCGGCAUCAAAGGGGAGCGAGGCUACCUGGGCCCCCCAGGAGAGAAAGGAGAGCUGGGCCCUCCCGGCUUGGAUGGACUCCCUGGUCCCAUAGGGCCAGCGGGACCGAGGGGGGAGCGUGGGCUCCCAGGCAGUGCUGGAGAGAAGGGGGAUCAGGGUUUCCAGGGUCAGCCUGGCUUCCCUGGACCACCGGGGCCCCCUGGCUUCCCAGGGAAGGUUGGUCCAGCUGGGCCACCAGGACCUGCAGCCGAGAAGGGCAGUGAGGGCAUGCGUGGCCCCACGGGAAUGCCAGGGCCCCCCGGACCUCCUGGACCCCCAGGAAUCCAGGGCCCUGCUGGUGUGGAAGGACUGGAUGGCAAGGAUGGCAAGCCAGGGCUGCGGGUGAGGCUCUCCUGGGUGUUGGUGGGGGGCAACCACCCUGCUGGGCCACCAGGGAUGAUGGGGCCCCCGGGCUUCAAGGGGAAGACAGGACACCCAGGUCUCCCAGGACCUGGUACUGGGAGACACUUGGGUGACUGUGGCAAACCUGGACCCCCAGGAAUCACAGGCCGGCCAGGAGCAGAGGGUGACCCCGGACCCAUGGGACCCCAAGGCCGGCAAGGACCCCCAGGGCUCAUUGGCCCCCCUGGCAGCCCAGGACAGCCAGGUCCUGCUGGUCUUGCAGGAGUGGGGCUGAAGGGUGAGCGUGGCUCUGUGGGGGAGAGAGGUCUGCCAGGGAUGCCAGGACAGCCAGGACCACCAGGACACCCUGGACCACCGGGGGAGCAGGGACCAGAUGGACCAGUUGGGAAAGAGGGUCCUCCAGGAAAACCAGGGAUUGCAGGACCAGCUGGACAGAAGGGUGAUGCUGGAUCCCCUGGAGAGAGAGGGUACCCUGGAGAGAAGGGCAGAGCUGGAAUGCCUGGGGGGCCAGGCAAGAGUGGCUCCAUGGGCCUCGUGGGGCCACGGGGACCCGCGGGAGAGAGGGGACCCCCUGGAUCACCGGGACCUGCAGGCAGCCCUGGGCUGCCAGGACCUCCAGGGAUGAUGGGAGAUGUGGUGAACUACGACGAGAUCAAGAGGUUCAUCCGGCAGGAGCUGAACAAGAUGUUUGAUGAACGCAUGGCAUACUACACCUCCAGGCUGCACUUCCCAGUGGAGAUGGUGGCAUCUCCAGGGAGACCUGGUCCCCCCGGGAAGGAUGGGCUGCCCGGACGACCAGGACCCCCUGGAUCCCCAGGGAUGCCAGGACAGAUUGGCAGAGAGGGGCGGCAGGGCGUGCCAGGCAUGAGGGGUGAGCCUGGUGCCAAAGGAGAGAAGGGUGAGAAAGGCAUAGGAAUGAUGGGGGACAGUGGCCCCCCAGGACCCCCAGGUCCCCAAGGGCCCCCACCGGGCAAGACAGGACACUGCAGCCCUGCCGAGUGCCUGGGAGCUGUGCCCCUGGAGCAGCCUCUCUUCCAGCCCAAGAACGUCAAGGGUCCCUUUGGCUGA